AUGGUGGCGUCGGUGGUUGGUGGAGGCUACUAUAUCAAGAGACGGCGCAGCUCUCCGGAUGACAGCGAAUAUGCACCAUACGCUGGAACUGGACCAGGUUUCAAUAAAGAAAGGGUGACAAAGGCGAUGAGUCUCUAG